CUCAGCUUUAUACUGCCAGUCUGCUAAAUAAUCUCAUCAGUUAGCAAUGUCCAAGUCCACCGCAAACCAGCCCGAGCCCUUCAUCGUCCUCCCAACAUCCACACACACACACACCCUCAUCCUCCUCCACGGCCUCGGCAACAACGGCCAAAAGUUCGGCACCAAGCUCCUCUCAACAGGCAUCUCCUCCAAAGGACUUACAUUCACCUCCGCCUUCCCCGGCACAAAAUUCAUCUUCCCCAACGCCCGCAAACGGCGCUCGAGCGCCUUCCGCCGCGCAGUGAUAAACCAAUGGUUCGAUAUCGCUUCUGUAGCGGACCCGUCACAUCGCAGGGAUACGCAGGUGCAGGGCUUGGUGGAGUCGGCGGAGCAUGUACGGUCUAUUAUUGCGGAGGAGCUGGAGACGAUUCCAAGGGGGAAUAUUGUGCUGGGGGGGUUGAGUCAGGGGUGUGCGAUGUCGAUGGCUGCUCUUCUGAGUCUGGAGUUUCCGUUAGGUGGGUAUUUUGGGAUGAGUGGGUGGUUGCCGUUUAGGGAGGAUAUUGAGGAUGUUGUGGCGCCGGUUAAGGAGGAAGAUAAUCCUUUCGCUGAUGAUGAGGCAGAUGGGGAGGUGAUAGAGCCGCCGCUUAUGGCGGUCGGUUUGGUGAGGGAUAUCUUGUCGCUGGAUACUGCGACGCCGAGUAAAGAGAGGACGAGCUUGACAACGCCGGUUCUCUUGUGCCAUGGGGAAGAUGAUGAGAAGGUGAAGUGCAAGCUAGGAGAGGAGGCUGUCCAGUGCCUCUCCUCACUUGGUAUGCAGGUGACUUGGAAAUGCUAUGCGGGGUUGGGGCAUUGGUAUAAGAUUCCAGAUGAGAUUGACGAUAUAUUUGAAUUUCUUGAAGCAAUACUAUAAUUAAAUCCGUGGAAUACAUAUGAGAGCCUUACGUGCUUGGCAGAUUACAUCACUUGUAUACCACACAACCCGAUUUUAUAGCUGCAUUUAUAGAGUUACUAUUAUCC